AAUAAAGUCAAUCAUAUAGAAGGCUGUCAUUCGGUCCAGCGCACGAGCAUUUUGAAUAGGUGUAUGCCCUUCCAUAAUUGCAAUAAUGAAUGACACUGGUUGUAUAACACAUGCGCCUGCCUUGGAUGUUUGGGAAACACGUUAGCGUGAAAUUGCUCUGAGAGUAAACAAGAGAAUGGAAGCUAGCGCAUGCGCUCUGUUUCUCAUCAUAUCGUGGAGUGUAUAUUCAUGUGUUGCUGAAUCAGGGUUCCUGAGCCUUGAUUGCGGUGGAAUAGGAAACCGCACAGAUUCCAGUACCGGUAUUACAUGGACUCCCGAUGACAAGUACAUCCAAGGCGGUUACAGAAAAGCCAAUAAUGACGAAACCCUUGAAUUUUAUCAUCAAAGCUUACGAGUGUUCCCCAAGCCUCUCAACAAAUCUUGCUAUCACCUGCCCAUCACUCCUAACGUGCCUUUCUUAUUAAGAUUAUAUUUUGUGGGAGUUAGUUACACGAACCUGAUUCCAAAUUUCAACUAUUCUAUCGAGACACAGGAAUUCUUAAACAUAAGAAACCCGACACUUCAAAGUUAUCCCCCACAAAGGAGUGAGAAGAUCUUGGUCAGUGGUGGGCAAGUGGUGUAUAUUUGUUUAAUCCGAGCCUCAGAGGAUGUUGAUCCAUUUAUUUCUUCUAUCGAGUUGAGACCUCUUCGACAAGGAAUGUACAAUCAGGUUACGUCCAGACAAAUGUUGCAUAUGAUAGCGAGAAAGUCUUACGGCGCAUCUAAGCAGAUAAGGUACCCUGAUGACCAAUUCGACCGUUUGUGGGAUAUUGACGUAGCUGAAGGAGCACAUAAUGUUAGUUCGGUUGAGCCGAUUUCAACAAACAACACAGAAGAUCUUCCUCCGCCUGUUGUAAUGCAAACGGCCGUGGUGGUGCCUGCAAAGCACAGUAAAGUUGAUGUUACUUUUGCAAAGCCCACAGAGGACACCUUACUCUUACUUUAUUUUGCGGAGAUCGAUAACACUUCUGGGUCCAGAAUUUUCGACAUUAUCAUUAAUGGCGUAACAAGAUUUACCAAUCUUCAUCUUGUCAGAAAUCAUUCUGCCAUGGAACUGCCUAUCUUAACUUACACAAUAAUGUCAACCUUAACAUUGUCCAAAGCCUCUAACUCUACCAUGAGUCCUAUGCUGAAUGCUCUGGAGUGGUACCAAAGGGUUCCCACGGCACCUCUCACCUCUUUGGAAGACGUUCAAGCUCUUGCUAGUGUUAUGAAAAAAUUUAACCUAAGUAAUUGGAAUUGGAUCUCGGACCCAUGCUUUAUUUAUCCGUGGGAAGGAAUCAAUUGUAAUAGAGGCUCUGAAAUAGUCAGAGUAGAAGAGAUCAACUUCUCGAACAGGAAUCUGACGGGAUCGAUACCUUCAAGGCUUGGAAACAUGACUGCGCUGGUUAAAAUAUCGCUGAACAAUAACCGUCUCACGGGAGACUUACCAGAUUUGUCGAAAUUAGUCAUGUUGGAGAGCCUGCAUUUACAAAACAACAACUUAAGUGGCGAAGUUCCAACCUGGCUCUCUCAGCUGCCUAAACUGAAAGAAUUGUUUAUACAGAACAAUAAUUUUAGUGGUGUAAUUCCUCAAACACUUCUACCGAGCCGUUCGUUGAAUACAAGAUUUGAUGGUAAUGGUCAACUUCGUCUUCCCAAUGAAACUUCGUCCUCCCCCUCAAACGACCGGAAGGCGUCCUCCCAGUCAAACUGGCCAAAGGCGAAAAUCGCAGGAGUCGUAGCAGGAAUCUUUGUAAUAGGAGGUUUAAUUUUGUUUCUGGGUAUUACCGUCCAUAGAAAGAGGCUCAGUGGAAAAGGGAUUGGUUACUCAGAUACUAAAGGCUCUGCUCCUGGGAAGAGGGAAUCCAUAUAUGUGCGUGGCCAGGACUUCUCUAUGGUUUUGGUGCCAAAUUCAACAAAGACCCGUUCUUUUACCUUGGACGAGAUGUUAACAGCAACAGAAGACUUUAAUCACAAGAUUGGACAAGGUGGCUUUGGAGUGGUGUUCCUCGGUAAAUUAGACGACGGAAAACAAAUAGCUGUGAAGGUACUCUCCUCCUUUUCCAAACAAGGAGCUGUAGAGUUUCUAAAUGAGAUCGAUCUUCUGUCAAGAGUGCAUCACAAGAACUUGGUGCGUUUACUGGGUUACUGCAAUGAAUCUAGGGAGCUCAUGCUUGCUUACGAGUACAUGCCUGGAGGGUCACUAAAGGACUACCUCUAUGGUCGCAAUGCAGGCGAAAAUGCGAAACUAGAUUGGAGAGCUAGACUUAGAAUAGCUUUGAAUGCUGCAUAUGGGUUGGAAUACCUCCACGUGGGCUGCACCCCAAAAAUAAUUCACAGGGAUGUAAAGACCGCAAACAUUCUUCUAGAUGCCAAUCUAAAUGGCAAACUGGCUGAUUUCGGUCUUUCAAGAGUUACUAUAGACGGAGAGGAAUCCCAUGUUACAACGACUGUAAAAGGAACUGCAGGAUACUUGGAUCCGGAAUACUUCAGCACUCAGAUGCUCACGGAAAAAAGUGAUGUGUAUAGUUUUGGAGUUGUCUUAUUGGAAAUCAUAUGUGGUAGACGACCUAUCGAUGGAAAACUUCCUGAGGAGGAAAUUAAUCUUAUCAGAUGGGUCACCCCACAUGUUUACCCAGAUGAAGAUCCUGUCAAAAUAUCAAAAAUAGUGGACAAGAGGUUGCAGCCAAAUGAUUAUGACAUCAAAUCCGUCAUUCAUGUGGCGAAACUAGCUAUUAGAUGCACUGAACCCGAUCCCUUGGCUAGGCCUACAGUAACUGAUGUUGUAGCUGAGAUCAAAGUGGCUAUGAGAUAUGAGGAGAAAAACUCAGGCGACGUUUUUGACAUUUCAGAGUUUAGCGAGGAGUACGGUGAUAGAACGAAUAGCCAAUUGUCUACUUCGGAAUCGAGUCGACCAAAAGAUAUAGCUUCCAGUGAAAACAGUUCCAGCUUCCCUGGCUAAGGAAGAUUAACCAAAACCCAUUUUAUAGGUGAACAGUACUAGAUUUUAAUAUUUUGUUAUAAAACUGAAUAUUCCCAUCCAGGCCUGAAAUUUGAUGUCUGUGUCCUGGUUUUGAACUUCAAUUAUAUUGUAAUUUAUUAGAAUUUUAAGCUGUAGAAUAAUCUUUCUAAUAUAAUUUCAUUGCUAUAUGGCAAAUUGUAAAUAUUAAAAAUAUAUAUUUUGAACAAAUAUUACGGUUUAGAAUGUUAUUUUAGUUGGAUUUA